GGGAGUCGUUCACCCGCCCCAGAACACACGUUCAACACGAUCAGACCCGAACAGAGCAGCAGAACCCCGUCAGAUUUCUGGAGACAUGGCCACAGAACAUAUUAAUGGGAAUGGUACUGAAGAACCAAUGGACACGUCUGCUGCAGUUACCCAUUCUGACCACUUCAACGCUUUAUUAGAAGCUGGUUUACCACAAAAAGUUGCUGAAAAGCUAGAUGAAAUUUACCUAGCAGGCCUUGUGGAGCACAGUGAACUGGAUGAGAGGGCCCUUGAAGCACUGAAAGAGUUCAAUGAGGAAGGUGCACUGCAAGUUCUUGUCCAGUUUAAAGAGAGCGAUCUAUCCCAUGUGCAAAACAAAAGUGCCUUUCUCUGUGGAGUGAUGAAGACCUACAGGCAGAGAGAGAAACAGGGGACCAAAGUUCUAGAUGCCACAAAAGGACCAGAUGAAGCAAAAAUUAAGACUUUGCUUGAGAGAACGGGCUACACCCUUGAUGUCACUACAGGUCAGCGCAAGUACGGCGGCCCUCCACCAGAGUCCGUCUACACAGGUGCUCAGCCCACGGUCGGCACAGAGAUCUUUGUGGGAAAGAUCCCGAGGGACUUGUUUGAAGAUGAGCUCGUGCCUCUGUUUGAGAAGGCAGGGCCGAUCUGGGACCUGCGUCUGAUGAUGGAUCCUCUGAGCGGCCUGAACAGGGGCUACGCCUUCCUCACGUUCUGCACUAAAGAGGCCGCACAGGAGGCCGUCAAGCUAUGUAACAAUCAUGAAAUUCGCCCGGGCAAACAUAUUGGCGUGUGUAUAUCAGUGGCAAACAACAGACUCUUUGUGGGCUCCAUUCCCAAGAGCAAGACAAAAGAACAGAUUGUUGAAGAGUUUUCCAAAGUCACAGAGGGUCUUACUGAUGUAAUCCUUUACCAUCAGCCGGAUGAUAAGAGAAAGAACAGGGGCUUCUGUUUCCUGGAGUACGAGGACCACAAAACAGCAGCACAGGCUCGACGGAGGCUCAUGAGCGGGAAGGUGAAGGUCUGGGGCAAUGUGGUCACCGUCGAGUGGGCCGACCCUAUUGAGGAUCCUGACCCGGAGGUCAUGGCAAAGGUGAAAGUGUUGUUUGUCAGGAACCUGGCAAACAGCGUCACGGAAGAAAUACUUGAAAAAGCUUUCGGCCAGUUUGGCAAACUGGAGCGAGUGAAGAAACUGAAAGACUACGCCUUCAUUCACUACGAUGAGAGAGAUGGAGCGGUCAAGGCGCUGGCAGAAAUGAACGGUAAAGAUUUAGAGGGGGAGCACAUUGAGAUUGUGUUCGCCAAGCCACCCGACCAGAAGCGGAAAGAGAGGAAGGCGCAGCGUCAAGCAGCGAAGACGCAAAUGUAUGAUGAUUACUACUACUAUGGGCCUCCUCAGAUGCCGCCUCCUGCCAGGGGCCGGGGCAGGGGUGCCAGUCGGGGUGGUUACUCCUACCCGCCAGACUAUUAUGGCUAUGAAGAUUACUACGAUUAUUAUGGUUACGAUUACCAUAACUACAGGGGCGGCUACGACGUUUUAUCAGGAUUCUUUUGGGCAACAGUGGAAACAAGCCCCAGAGACAGAUCCCCUAUGAAGACCUCAUCGACACAACAGCCAUCGGCACAGAUACUCAGCGAAGACCACAAGAACAAGAACCUCUGCACAGACCCUGUGGCCAGCUACGGCUCCUUCACCAUCUGA